AUGGUCGGUUUCAAGAACGUCGCGCUCUUCGCGGCGUCGAUCAUCCUCCCCGCAGCAUGGGCCGCUCCCAUUGUCGAAGUCCAGACGCAGCCGAUCCCCCGAAAGUAUAUUGUGCUUCUCAAACCGCAUGCCGAUCUCGAAGGCCACCUCACCUGGGCGAAGGAUGUGCACUCUAGGAGUCUGUCACGACGAGACACAGCCGGCGUGCACAAGGCGUGGAGUGUAGGAAGCAAGUUCAAGGCUUAUGCGGGAGAAUUCGACGAGGAGACUUUGAAGGUCAUUCAGCGGGACGAGAAUGUCCAAACCAUCGAGCCUGACAACAGCUGGCGGCUCUACAAGGGCAACGACAACGUCAUCUCCAACUCCGCCGAAACCUCCAUCAUCACCCAAAAGUCAGCGCCCUGGGGCUUGGGCUACCUCUCCCACAAGGGCGAGUCCUCCUCCGACUAUGUCUACAACUCCACCGCUGGCGCCGGCACGUACGCUUACGUGGUCGACACGGGAUGCUGGAAAGACCACGACGACUUCGAGGGCCGUGUGCAUCUCGGCCACAACGCUUAUCCCAACUCGUCCUUUAUCGACAUGGACGGCCACGGCACGCACGUUGCUGGCACAAUCGCCGGGAGGAAGUACGGAGUGGCCAAGAACGCGACAGUUAUUUGCGUAAAGGUGUUCCAUGGCGGCGGUUCCGCCAACUCGAUAGUAAUGGACGGUUUCGAAUGGGCCGUCAAGGACAUCAUCGCCAAAAAGCGCCAAAAAACCUCCGUCAUCAACAUGUCUCUGGGGUGCGACCGCUCCGAAGCCUUCAACUCCAUCGUCGACGCCGCCUUCGACGAAGGCAUCCUGACCGUCGUGGCAGCCGGCAACGAGAACCAGCCAGCCGCCAUGGUCUCCCCCGCCUCCUCCAUCCGCGCCUUUUCGGUGGGAGCAAUCGACAGCAAGAACACGCGCGCUUAUUUUUCCAACUUUGGCAAUAUCGUCGACAUCUUUGCUCCCGGCGUGGAUAUCGUGUCCAGCUACAUUGGCAAGAAGGAGGGCGAGAAUAAUCGCACCAUGACCAUGAGCGGAACGUCCAUGGCCAGUCCGCAUGUCGCUGGCUUGGCGCUGUACCUGAAGAGCUUGGAUCCGGAGACGUAUGGCGACUCGCUUGGGGCGCAUAGAGGACUCAGGGCGUUGGGCAUUACGAACAAGGUGUGGGAUGCGGGCGAGUUGAGCCCCAACUUGGUGGCUUAUAAUGGGGUUAAGAAGUGA